UUCUCAAGAUGGAUUUCCUUCACAGGAGUGGAGUGCUCAUUAUUCAGCAUCUACAGAGAGACUACAGGGCUUACUACGAUUUUCUAAACUUUAUGUCCGAUGUUGGAGACCCCUGGAAUAUCUUUUCUGUCUACUUCCCACUUUGGUUUCAACUGAAUCAGACCGUUGGAACCAAGAUGAUAUGGGUGGCCGUCAUAGGGGACUGGUUCAAUCUUAUAUUCAAGUGGAUAUUAUUUGGGCAUCGUCCUUACUGGUGGAUCCAAGAAACUCAGAUUUACCCAAAUCACUCAAGCCCAUGUCUUGAACAGUUUCCUACUACAUGUGAAACAGGCCCAGGAAGUCCAUCUGGUCACGCAAUGGGCUCAUCGUGUGUUUGGUAUGUCAUGGUAACAGCUGCCCUGAGCUUCACUGUCAGCCAGCUGGAGAAGUCCUCUGUCACUCUGCACAGACUGGCCUGGUCCUUCCUUUGGAGUGUUUUCUGGUUGAUUCAAAUCAGCGUCUGCAUCUCCAGAGUAUUCAUAGCAACACAUUUCCCUCAUCAGGUCAUUCUUGGAGUCAUUGGUGGGAUGCUAGUAGCAGAAGCCUUUGAACACACUCCAGGAAUCCACAUGGCCAGCUUGAAUAUGUACCUGAAGACCAACAUCUUCCUCUUCCUAUUUGCACUUGGCUUUUACCUGCUUCUCAGACUGCUCGACAUUGACCUGCUGUGGUCUGUGCCUAUAGCCAAAAAGUGGUGUGCCAACCCAGACUGGAUCCACAUGGACAGCACGCCUUUUGCUGGACUUGUGAGAAACCUUGGGGUUCUCUUUGGCUUGGGUUUUGCCAUCAACUCAAAAAUGUUCCUUAUGAGCUGCCGGGGAGAAAAUGGCUGCAGGCCGAGCUUCCGGUUGCUCUGUGCCGUGACCUCACUGGCCACAUUACAACUUUAUCACUUCAUCAAGAUCCCGACUCACACGGAACCUUUAUUUUACCUGCUGUCUUUCUGUAAAAGUGCAUCCAUCCCACUGAUUGUGGUGGCUCUAAUCCCUUAUGGUGUCCAUAUGUUAAUGAGAGCCAGGGAGAAGAAGAUUAAAUAGAGCAAAGGUGCCUGCAGCGCUCUGGACUCCUAGGAUCACCUACUGCCUGCAUUCCUCAGUAGAACCACACAGCAGAAAUGCUGGAAACAUCUCUGCGGAGGUCACAACAUGGUGGCUACAGGUCCCGCCCCACCCACAGACAUCGAUUUAGUCUGUUUUCCUGGUGGCAUUUAAAAUAACAGUAUUUGACCAGAAAUAAUCACAUCCAUUUUUUUUCUUGACAAAACUGACAAUAUGGCAUCACCCAUGUAGACAAUUGACAGGGACUGAAUUCUGACUGUCCUAGUAAGCAUGAUGACUACCCCCCCCCCCCCCCCCCCCCGAGUAUAUAUCAUACUCGGUAGCAUUCCACAGACCCUCCAGUAUCUGAUGCCUCUAUCACAUAAAGACCUAGUUGCUUCUGGCUCCCAUGGGCCUUUUAGAAGUGUCCACAGUCAAAUCCUAUCUCCUAGUGUGUCAGAUAAAGAAACGGAGGUCCAUUCAGAUCAAGAAGCUUGCCUGUAAUGAUGUCAUGUUAGAACCGUAAUUAGAACCCGACUUCUGCACUUGAUCUUAGCCAAAAGGCCGAGAAGCGAUAGAACCCAAGACUUCUGAUACAUAUCUCUAUGACCAUGAUUUAUUUCUUUAUUUUGAAGAAAUUUUAAAAAGUCGGUAAGAGCAGGUAGAUGUAUUUGGAGUCCAUGAUUGCCGUACAAGAGUCCUAUACAUCUAUUUGACUUAGGUCCAGAAUAGUCUUUUCCAGGCCAGCAAUGACUGUGUAUGUGACACACAAGAGUAGCCAGAGCAAAUGAGCGGAGCAAGCGCCUGCCUCUGUUAACCCUUACCUGCUGCUCUCUGUUUCGUGGUAGGGCCUCUUAAUGUUUCAAUGAACCCUGCUGAAGGCUAGCCCCUGGACUGCUAUCUACCGGAAAAACCUCCUUUCUUUGUUGUGGCAUCCCAUAUUUUACUUCUAGGAGUCCAGUCUUUCAAAAUCAGGAAGAUCAAGUUCUUCUACCUCAGAAAAACCAUUAAAUACUUGCACAGUGGCUCAUUUGGACUGAUCUCUGUGCUUUACUUUAGAAAGUUAAUUAUGGGCUAGUAGUAUUAUACUGACUCUAAGCAAUAUUUUUUUUUCUUCCUCAUUGAAUUCUAGACUUUAAGUUGAUUAACUAUGACUUUCUGAUCAAGUUCAAAGAUUGUGAGUCUGUCUUUGCUACAUGUUGACAGCCUGUGGUCUCCUACAACAUACUCUGCAACUCUUCUCAAGGGUGUUAUACAUGAAUUACUUCAGGUGAUGAUAUAUUAAAUAGGUCAUAAAUAUGUAUGAAAACAUACCAGUUGAAGGGAAGGUUAUUUGAUAGUAAUCAUGGAAAAUAACAUCUCUAACACCUAAUAAUUGACUGUUUUCCAAGUGUAUUUAUAGAAAAUGUACUGUUGGUUUUACAAGACAGAUUAACUAGCGUCCUUUUUUAAAAGGCAAUUGAUUCCUUAGGGGGGAAAA